GAGGACCUCUCCCUCCACGGCUUUGCUAAUUUUCUAUGCACAGCUAUGUUCGUGAUGCUAUGAUGGUUGUUAACGAGAGAAAUGUAGUAUACAGAAAGGAACCGGAGGCAUCAAAUCAACCAGCGUCGAGCAGAAAUGGGAGCUUUGUUGUUUCCAUGGAGGGAAACCAGAUGGGAAGAUAUGGUUCAGGAAGCAAUGCAACAUCUUGGUCAAAGUUGGUGGCUGACUUGUAUCCUUUUGGGUCAACAAUCAGAACAUGGACAUGCACCUACUGCAAUGUGGAGCAGCCUCCACGAGCAAAGCAUUGUCAUGACUGUGACAAGUGUGUUCUUCAGUUUGAUCAUCAUUGUGUUUGGCUUGGUAACUGCAUUGGCCAGGGUAAUCACUGUUGAUUUUGGUGAAUAAUAAAAAUAUCUCUUACGAUGAUUUUUUCUUCCUACCUAUCAAAACUAUUGAUUACUCUUUCAAUGUGUCUUGUCUUUCUGCUCCUCCUACUGCUAGUUCAUAGUUAUCUUAUUUUGACAAAUCAGACUACCUAUGAACUUGUAAGGAGAAGACGGAUUCCUUACCUAAGGUCAAUUCCGGAAAGAGUGCAUCCAUUCAGCAAAGUAAUUUGUGGAAAUUUAUACAACUUCUGCUGUGCCAGGAGCAGCAUAUACAGUUUAGAACCACUUCCUAUCCCUCAAGAGAUAGAGGAAAAGUCAAGACCAUAUACAUGCUUGGAUGUCAUUAAUUGUCGAUGUUGCUGAUAGUUUUUGUGUAAGUGAAAGUCUGUUCGUCCAACAGUUUAAUUGUGAAAACUAAGGAAUUU